AUGAGGCGAGUGUUUGGAUCCUCGAAGCCAAAAGCACCUCCACCGAAUCUCAGCGAUGCGAUUUCCAACAUCGAUGCACGUGCUGAUACCAUUGAUAAAAAGAUUGGGAAACUGGAUGCGGAUCUGGUCAAACUGAAGGAUCAGCUGAAGGGAAUGCGAGAAGGACCGUCGAAGAACCUUGUGAAACAACGAGCGCUUCGGUAAGUCGCGUAUUUUUUUAUUUAUACGCGUUUUAGAUUGCUCAAGCAAAAGAAGCAGUAUGAAAACCAAAAAGCUCAGUUGGACACGCAAAGCUUCAACAUGGAACAGUCCAACUUCGCCAUUCAGUCUAUGAAGGAUAAUCAAGUACGUUCUGAGUUUGUUUUUAUUUAUUUUCGACGUUUAGGUCACGUUUUCGGCGAUGCAAGAUGGACUGAAGGUGAUGCAAAAAGAAUAUAAGAAGAUGAACAUUGACAAAAUCGACCAGCUCAACGACGAGAUGGAGGACAUGCUAGAGAUGAAUAACGAGGUGCAGGACGCUCUAUCACGGCAAUACGAUUGCGCUGAUGUGAGUAUUCGACUAAAUUUAUAUUAUCCAUGCCAACUUCUUGGAAAUUUUUGCGGAUUUUGACAUGAAUCUUGAUUUCAGAUUGAUGAGACAGAAUUGGAAGCCGAGUUGGAAGCUCUGGGAAAUGAGCUGGACUUUGAUACGGACACCUCUUACCUCGAUGAAGCCCUAAAUGCCCCAGGCGUUCCGAGCAAAGACCCCGGGGUCCCAGCGAGCUCGAAACAAAGCGGAGUCCUCGUGGACGAAUUCGGACUCCCCAAACUCCCGGCAUAA